AGAUUGUUGUCAACGGGGGCAAAACAAAGGGAACCCCCAUAACUGCACUGCACAUAAUCCGCUGUGUGUGUUUUCGUUUCUUCGCGCGAGCCAAUGCAACAUCGCCGCGAGCCAGCCAGUGGAUCAAGGCCAGUGGUGCUAUCGUGCGAAGAACUCGCUCCGUCUGCAGUGUGAAUCCGUUCGCAGCGAGUUAAAAGUGCAUCGCAGAUAGCAGGAAGGAUCUUGUGAACGAGCAGCCAGCCAGCCGUCCGACAGCCAGAAGACAGUUGCGCGCGCGAGUGUGUGUGUGCGUGUGCUUUUUUUUUUUCUCGUUCCCUUCCGUUCGAUUGGUAAUUGUCGAUCGUGGUGCGCGAGAGAAGGGCAGAGAGAAGGGCGAAACUCUUUGAAAAGGCCUGUAGGGCAGCCGUGCCUAUUACGUAUUAUUACCAGUCCGGUCCGAAGAGAAAUCUGUGCCCUGCUGCUUCCCCACUAGAGGACACACACACACACACACACACGGUUCCCUUCGAGGGACGAGGGUGCUUCGGCUAGGGAAAAUGCCUUUCUAGUGUGCGUUGCGUGUUAGUGCGUGUUAAUCGUAUGCAAACUCGAUGCAGUCGCGGUGCAUCGGCGGGCGCACACGUUCUCCGCGGGGAAGAUGAUGAUGUGCGCUGUUUGCUGGCACUGCUGGUAGGCGUUCUGCUCCAAAGUCCAGUGCACAGUGUGUGUAGGCAGGCGUGAGUGUGCUGCGCGGUCAUUCCCGUUCCCCGGGGACGGGGACGACGGUUCGUUACGGGAAUCGGGCGCUGGUUUUGAUGAGGGCAGCCCCGAACGCUGCGGACAUUGACGGUGUCGGAAGGCAUGGCACGCUGUGACGGUGGGUGCGGAAUCUCUUUGUUUGCAUACGCCGCUUUUGUUUACGCUGCAAAGAGUUGAGGGCAGCCGAAGGACGGGGUGCGUGAGAGUGCGUGAGGUUUGUACAGAGAUACAGCACGCAAUUCUCGGUCAAGAACGGACCGACACAAAGGUGCGGAUCUUACAGAGCAAGAGCGAGCCAGUGUGUGUGUGUGUGUGUGUGUGAGCUCGGCACGGCUCAAACAACCCCAGCGCCUGCUACGCUACGAUUGCACCACACGAGAGACACGGUGCAGCACCAAAGGCGCCCUUUGCAGAGAUCUAGCCAGCCAGCCAGCACACCAUCAUGAUGGCCGAUUUUGACGCAAUCUACGAGGAGCAGGAGCUGUCCGAGGAAAACCUGGAGGAGGCGCACGUGCAGAUGGUUCCGGAUCCGAUUGUAAUCCGCGGGGCUGGCAAUAUGACAGUGUUUGGCUUAAGCAAUCGAUUCAACGUGCAGUUUCCAGCCGGUCUGGUGUCGCGCGUUGCCCCGGAAGAGUUCAAAGCGACCGUGCUGCGGAUCAACGCGGUGCUGAAAAAGACGCUCCCCGUCAACGUAAAGUGGCUGUUCUGUGGUUGCGUUUGCUGCUGCUGCACCUUAGGAUGUUCUCUAUGGCCUGUGAUAUGUUUAAGUAAGAGGACGCAGCACACGCUAAACAAACUGCUCGAGUGGGAAAACAGUCACCUUUACCACAAGCUCGGAUUGCACUGGCGCCUCAGCAAACAGCAGUGCGACUCCAACUCGAUGAUGGAGUACGUGCUGCUAAUAGAAUUCAUACCGAAAACGCCAAUCUAUCGGCCGGACUAGGCGGCCCCAAACUACGGCUUUGCCAAAUCCACGACGGUGUGUGUGAUGCAAGGAACAAAAAACAAGCUACCAGCUGAAGAGUGGAUGCGGGCUAGUGUGCGCUGGUGAUAUUGUAUCGCCGCGAACAGCCGCGCUUGCUGCUCUGGCUGUAUCGUUGAUCUAACUGUUCGUAGCUAUAUGGUUUAAUAAUAGGAGAAAAGUAUCAUAUUUUACAUAAUCAUAAACACAUCCUCCAUCCCAUCGGUCCCACGGUAUGUACGUUCAGCGCUUCAGGCGAGUGAAGCAGAUUUCGAGACUAACUCCGACAGUCAACCAUAUCCACUUGUGGGCAAGCGUUAGUAUCUGUUUCUGUUUUGGCUAAUUGCAAACAAAGCUGAGUGUGCCCAGGGCACUGUAACGUAACCGGGCGCAACAUGUAAACAGACCUUCUAAUUAGCUGGUUCUAUUUUAUUGUGUUAAAAUAAUGAUUACAUUACAAGACAAGCAAAAGCUGCAAGCAACCCAUCAAAACCGGCGCAUCAGGUUGGUGCCGGGUUGUGCUAAGAGAGAGGCGCCUGGCGAGGCGACAGCGUGUAACAAAACUAAACAUGCAGACAGCACAGGUCGCAAUGCUAAUAUAAUUAAUAAUCGUAAGAACGUUUAGCGUUUGUAUAGUGUAUAGUGAGUUUGUGAAUAGAGAGGGUUUGUAAGCAGCCGCCGUACGAUUAGCGACGAAUUCGGAAACUGUUUACCAUGUCAUGGCGCUUUCGAGAAUGGGGGAAAACAAACAAACAAGAAACUACGAGAACAAAAAAUCCCAGAAGCAGGUAAAGUAUUAGAGGCAAAACACGGAGUGCUUGAGGAGCGUUAAAGCAAACUAAACAAUACAGACGGACAGGGCAAGUAGGGUGUAGAUUUCGUUUCGUGUAUGACAUUAUUCAAACCAGGUCCGUCAGGCACCAUCUUCCGUAGGUCGCAUGUGCCAUCCGCAGCAAGUAGGACGGAACGAUAGGGUAGCGUAGCCCCAAAAGUAUGGACCCCCGGAGACCCCACACUGAAUGUAACGUUGUCUCUUUCACUGCUUCGUUACCCUCUUCUUCUGUUGCUUUAUACUUUUAUGCUAACGUUUGGUAAAGAGAAGAGAUGAUUGGUUUAGAUGCGUUGUGCCUAAAAGAAAGCGUUUGCUUUGCUAUUUUCCGAUUCCAACGGCAGGAUGGUGAAGGAUGUACAGAUUAGAAUGAAUUGCUGUUGAGACGCACAGCUAAAAA